CGCCACAAAGGGGACAUUCGUAUCUUGCGGUGCAGGAUAUGUGAUGACUGAAGAUCUGAUCGCACCUCAGAAGUCACUAAUGGCGCAGAGGAUACCUAACAUACAUGUCACAGUCAAAGGACAUUUCUAUGUCCUCCAAAGUCCGGAGGAACGAUGGACAACACUGGCUAUUGCAGUGAGAGCUUCAACAGCCUGCAGAGCGGAACCAGCGAUGAGGACAUGGUGGAAAUAGCAGGAGCCACGCUGGACUUUUCCAGCACAGAUGACGUACCUCCUCUAGAACGGGACUAUAGCUCAGGUGGUUCAUAUGGAGCUGGGCCAAAUGGGGUUCCUAAACUGAUGGAUUUACUAGAUGAGCCAGUGCCGGGGGUCGGCACAUAUGAAGAUUUCAACACCAUCGAUUGGGUCCGAGAGAAAUCUAAGGACCGAGAUCGCCACAGAGAGAUUGCUACCAAGAGUAAAGAGUCAACCUGGGCUUUGCUGAAAAGCAUCAGUGACGCCUUCUCCGGCUGGCUUCUCAUGCUGCUCGUGGGACUGAUGUCAGGUGCCCUGGCUGCUGGGAUCGACAUCUCUGCCCACUGGAUGACCGAUCUGAAGGAGGGAGUGUGUCUGAACGGCUUCUGGUUUAAUCAUGAGCACUGCUGCUGGAACUCCAAUGAGACGACCUUCCAGGAGAGAGAUAAUUGCCCUCAGUGGAAAAGCUGGGCAGAGCUCAUCGUCGGCUCCAAUGACGGCCCUUUCGCCUACAUCAUGAAUUACCUGAUGUAUGUGUGCUGGGCGCUGCUUUUCUCCUUCCUGGCUGUGUCUUUAGUCAGGGCCUUCGCCCCGUAUGCCUGUGGCUCUGGAAUACCUGAGAUCAAGACCAUCUUGAGUGGGUUUAUCAUCAGGGGCUACCUGGGUAAAUGGACUCUUAUGAUUAAAACCAUCACCCUCGUGCUGGCUGUGUCAUCUGGACUCAGUCUGGGCAAAGAAGGGCCUCUAGUGCAUGUGGCCUGUUGCUGUGGAAACAUCCUGUGCCACCUCUUCACCAAGUACCGCAAGAAUGAGGCAAAGAGGCGAGAGGUAUUGUCCGCCGCAGCAGCCGUUGGGGUUUCGGUAGCUUUCGGCGCUCCGAUCGGUGGCGUUCUCUUCAGUCUGGAAGAGGUGAGUUAUUACUUCCCCCUGAAGACGCUGUGGCGCUCUUUCUUUGCGGCGCUGGUGGCGGCCUUCACCCUUCGCUCCAUCAACCCGUUUGGGAACAGCAGGCUGGUGCUCUUCUAUGUGGAGUUCCACUCCCCUUGGCAUUUGCUGGAGCUCAUACCCUUCAUCCUGUUGGGUAUUUUCGGGGGAAUCUGGGGAGCUUUCUUCAUCCGCGCGAACAUCGCGUGGUGCCGGCGGCGUAAGACGACUCGGCUGGGUCACUACCCCGUGCUGGAGGUGUUGGUUGUUACUGCGGUCACUGCUCUGCUGGCGUUCCCCAACAGCUACACCCGUAUGAGCACCAGCGAGCUGAUCUCUGAGCUGUUCAAUGACUGUGGUCUCCUGGACUCCUCACAGCUGUGUAACUACGCCAACGUGAGCGUCACCAAGAGCAGCAGCGACGCUCUGCCCGACAGGCCUGCGGGACAUGAUGUGUACACAGCCAUGUGGCAGCUCUCGCUCGCCCUGAUCUUCAAGAUGCUCAUCACCGUCGUGACCUUCGGCAUGAAGGUGCCCUCUGGUCUCUUCAUCCCCAGUAUGGCUGUGGGAGCGAUCGCAGGCAGACUGCUCGGUGUGGGUAUGGAGCAGCUGGCAUAUUACCACCACGACUGGGUAAUCUUUAGAGGCUGGUGCUCACCUGGAGCGGACUGCAUCACUCCAGGCCUUUAUGCUAUGGUGGGCGCUACUGCCUGCUUGGGCGGUGUGACUCGUAUGACCGUCUCUCUGGUGGUCAUCAUGUUUGAGCUAACGGGCGGUCUGGAAUACAUCGUACCGCUCAUGGCUGCCACCAUGACUAGUAAAUGGGUGGCAGAUGCUCUGGGUCGAGAGGGCAUCUAUGAAGCUCACAUCCGUCUCAACGGCUACCCCUUCCUGGAGUCUAAGGAGGAGUUCAGCCACAAGACACUGGCCAUGGAUGUGAUGCGACCUCGCCGAAGCGAUCCCCCACUCUCCGUGAUUACACAGGACGGGAUGAGCGUGGAGGAAGUAGAGUCGCUCAUUGCUGAAACAUCAUACAGCGGCUUCCCUGUGGUCGUCUCACAUGAGUCUCAGAGACUUGUGGGCUUUGUGCAGCGCAGGGAUCUGGUCAUCUCUAUUGAAAAUGCUCGUCAGCGGCAGGAAGGUGUGGUCAGCGCCUCCCGAAUUUUCUUCACUGAAUACACACCUCCACAGCCACCCAACAGCCCUCCCCCGUUGAAGCUCCGUGGUAUCAUGGAUCUCAGCCCAUUUACCGUAACAGACCACACUGCCAUGGACAUUGUGGUGGACAUCUUUCGCAAGCUGGGUCUGCGCCAGUGUCUCGUCACUCACAACGGGCGUUUACUGGGCAUCAUCACCAAAAAAGACAUUCUGAAACACAUGGCCCAGAUGGCCAACCGAGACCCUGACUCUAUUCUUUUCAACUGAACUGCCAAACGGGCUGUUAUGAAACACCAGCUAGUUUGAAACAACCCACUGGGCAGAAAACACCAGUCUGGCCAAAUGAUUUGCACUACAGAACUGCCAGUACUGGAUUUGCCUCCAUUCACACUGUGAAUCCAUUUUUAGGGCCUCAUUGGUGCAGGCGCUACAACUUCAGGAUUGAGAACCUUCAGAAGUGUUCUAUGCACCCCAGCAAGAAGCUUAAGAGGUGGGACUGAAUGCAACCAAGUCUUGGUGUUUGCAAAUAGCCAACCAAUCUUAACAUCAAAGCAUCAAAACAUAUCACAAUAUAUACCACACGGACAAGUGAUGAAAUCAUAACACUUUGUAGCAUCAAUCUGUUUAAACAUAUACAUUCACCUACCUUGGUUCAUCUAUGAGACAUAGUGAUAUCAGUCAUUGCAUAUUUCUCUUCCACAAUGCGAUGGAUGUUAAGCAUAAGUUAAAACCUUUAUUUGUUGUUUACAUGUUCAUGCACAUUUUUAGUCAUUUCAAGGAGCACUUGCAAGUAUUCCACCAUCUAAAUGUUAUCAAUUAGGUUUUGAGUGUUAAUUUAUGAGUCUGAUGAUUCACAGUUUCCUUAUUUUGUUAAGUCUUCGCUACAUUUCAGUUUUGUACGUCAUACACAGCAUUGUGCCGUUUCUCCCAAGCGAUGAUGCAUUAAAUGAUACAUUCUGUAUUUGUUUUCAUAUUACAUGCACUUUUCAAAAUUACAACUUCAUUUUUUACACUACCAUUUGAAAGUUUGGGGUUGGUAAGUUUUUUUCAUGU